AUGGUGUAUCACUCCAAUUCCAAAAUUCUUUAUAUUUUAAUAUAUGUUGACGACAUUCUAUUGAUCGACAAUGAUCAAGUAACCUUGGACAGCUUGCUUACCAGCUUGAAAUCAAAAUUUUCUAUGCGGCAUCUUGGCUGUCUUUCACAUUUCUUAGGUGUUCAAGUCUCUACUUCUCCCUAUGGCCUGCACUUAAAUCAAACUCAGCAUGCUCAGACGAUUCUUCACAAAGCUGGUAUGGAAAAUAGCAAAUCUGUUUCCACUCCAAGUAGACCAAAAUCUGCUGCAGAUUCUAUAAAUCAGCCACACUUCUCUGUUCCUGUUCUCUACCAACAGUUGGCUGGCUCAUUACAGUAUUUGACGCUGACUCGCCCUAAUAUUGCAUUUGCUGUUCAACAAGUUUGUCAGCAUAUGCAUACUCCACUUCAGACUCAUUUUAAACAACUUAAACGGUUGCUUUGGUAUGUCAACGGUACACUUACUUAUGGUCUUCCAUUGUAUCGAGGCUCUAUGGACCUUCACGGCUAUGUUGAUUCGGAUUGGGCCGGUGACUCUCAAGACCGCAAAUCGGUCUCCGGUUAUUGUAAUUUUCUUGGAAAUUCACUCAUCUCUUAA